CGGCCAGUCUUUACCCCAGCCGACCUGCCAGAGCUCAGCUCUCCUGUUCUUGCUGUCGCAUCCACUAGACUAUCAUUUGACUUCUAAACAUGUCUGUUCAGCUUUGUUUGGCUUUGCUGGCUCUCUCCUCAUUGACAGCUGCGUCUGAUCCAGACUGUGAUGAGCUCACUAAGCCUCUGGAGGAUCGAAGUAAGAUUCAUGGAAAAUGGAUAUUCCAUGUUGGAACAUCAGACAGCGAGGAGCAACUAAAAGCAAUGAAAAGUAUUUACAGCUCCUGGAUGGAAUUGUCACCUUUACCUGGAAGCGAUGAGUUCAGCCUGCGCUAUGGAGACAAAUAUGAUGGAAAAUGCUACUAUGGAACUGUUAAUUCCACCACUUCUGGAAACUCUGUCAAAGUGACAUUUUACUUUAACUCCUCCGCUUGUGAGCAUGUUGGGAAACAUCUGGUGACGUGCCCUGACUGUGCCGUCUGGACAGAUGAAACCACAUCAGAGGUGAACGGGGAAACCAAAAGAAGCAAAAGCAUUUAUCUCUUCACAAGGACUGGAAAACUUGAUCCUUCUCAUCUGGAAGAUUUCAAGAAGCAGGCUGAGUGUCUGGAUUUUUCCUCUGAGUUCCACUAUCCAGAAACUACAAAUCUUUGUCCUGAUGAGCAGGAGGCGGCUGCAGACGUGAAGACUGAAGAACAAUAAAGAAAACACAUCGCCACCUUCAUCCUGACACAUGAAAUCAUUGCUUUCUUAGUGAAAUCUGGAUUAAUAUAUGAUUUUUUAGACAUGAAGAAAGUUCCCAGUGUUACACGUUUGUGUGUAAAACAAUGAGCUACACCCUUCUUUACAUUGUUAAUCAUUGGAUGCUUAACAUUUUCAGUAGAUGCAGCUUGCUGCAGAGACUUAUUUCACAUUUUCUGUCACUGAUUAAAACUUGGAGACAAAUA